CUGCUUCGAAUUUUAACGCAACAUAUUGUUAGUCCGAGUUUAACAUAACCUUUUUCGUUUGGUGUGUAGUGAGGAACGUCCUCUAAUAUCUUACAAAAAUGGCUAUUCGACCAGUAUAUAGGCCUACAAUUGUGAAGAAGAGAACAAAGAAGUUCAUUCGUCACCAGAGUGAUAGAUACAGUAAACUAAAGAGAAAUUGGCGUAAACCAAAAGGUAUUGACAAUAGAGUUCGUAGGCGUUUUAAGGGACAAUAUUUGAUGCCCAAUAUUGGAUAUGGAAGUAACAAGAAAACACGUCACAUGCUACCAACUGGUUUCAGAAAAGUUUUAGUACAUAAUGUUAAGGAACUAGAAGUUUUAAUGAUGCAGAACAGAAAAUUCUGUGCUGAAAUUGCUCAUGCUGUGAGCAGUAAGAAACGCAAAGCUAUUGUUGAACGUGCCCAGCAACUUUCCAUACGUGUAACUAAUCCUAAUGCAAGAUUACGUUCUCAAGAAAAUGAAUAA